CACGAUUGUACGCUAUCUGAUCGAUCUCGCGGCAGGCAUUCUGUGGCAGUGCCGAGCUUUGAGCUUUGUACGCACGUGGCACGGACUCCACGGACACGGCAGGUUUGAAAAUAAAUAAAAGAAAAGAAAAUGAAAUACAUAAAAAGCAGAAUGCGGUGGAAGGUGAAUUCAUUGCUUAUUUGCACAUUUCUGAUGUCAAUUCAUGGUCAAAGGAUCACUAUAGAAGAACAUUUAGACAAGGUCACAACAAGUAAUUUAGAAAUAAUAAAUUACGAGGAAACAAAUGAUACAUCUACUCCGACAGACGGCACAGGCGGGCUUGAUUCAGAGAAUGAAACAAAAGAAAAUGAAAUACCUGAAAAUCAAAGCAUAGAGAAUGGAAACAUAGACGGUCAACCUGUUCCAGAUGAAACUUUGACGCCAAGUAAAGAGUCAACGCCAUCUGAAGAAGAAACACAACCUUCUAAUGAAGAAACACAACCUUCUAAUGAAGAAACCGAACCAUCUGGUGAAGUCACACAACCAUCUGUUGAAGUGUCACAACCGUCUGUGGAAGUAACACAACCAUCUGUUGAAGUGACACAACCAUCUGUUGAAGAAACCGAACCAUCGAGAGAAGAGUCAGCGGCAAUAAGGUCAUCUGAAGAAGUUGAAGAAUUGCCAGUAGAUACAAAUGAGUCUGUGAGCGUAGAAGAUCUUCCCGAUGGGAGUUUUACCGAGGAGAGCAUCAUUUCUACAUCACACGGCCCAGUUCAAGGACAUCUGUGGAACGAGUCACCUAACAUUAUCAGCUACAUUGACAUACCAUACGGACGUUUUUCUUCGUUGUUUCAGGCACCUGAGCCUCCAGAGUCAUGGGAAGAAACUCAUCACAUUAUUACGCACAGUAAGCGUUGCCCUCAAGUACAAAUAAAUGAGGAAACAAUCAUUGAAGUAAUUGAUGAUAUAGACUGCUUGACUCUGAGCGUUUUCGUCCCGAGGGGCGCUGAAAACGCUAGCGUUUUAUUCCAUAUUUAUGAUGGAAGUUUUACUUCUGGCAGUGGGAAUCCAUCCCUGUACGGGCCCGAGUAUUUACUAUCUAAAGGAAUUAUAUUGGUCUUACCAAAUUACAGACUCGGCCCACUAGGAUUUUUAUGUUUAAAAAACGAAACGGCUCCAGGCAAUGCUGCAUUGAAAGAUUUGACACUAGCUCUGAAUUGGACGAGAAAAAAUAUAGCUGCCUUCGGCGGAAAUCCGGAAAAUAUUGUCGUAAGCGGAGAUGGAACGUCUGGUGCCUUAGCAGGAUACCUAGCGCUAUCUCCAGCGUCAAGGGAUUAUAUAUCUAAAGUUAUCACUGAAACCGGUUCCGUAGUAUCACAUUGGGCUAUUGAUAGAGAUCCAAUUACAACUGCAACUGUACUCGCCGAAAGAAUAAGGAGGUGGAAUGAAAACCAUACUUUUAACGACAAUUUCUUUCAUGAAGUGGAAAUAAAAAUAUUACUUUUGGGCGCACAAGGGAUUCAUUUAAGCCCCUGCGUGGAAGAUGGACCCGAUCCAUUUAUAUCUCAAACACCUUGGUAUAUACUUAAUAACCAUAAAAUUACUAAGGAAUUUAUGAUAGGGUCAGCAAGUUUUGCAGGGCUGCAUGAAGCAUUAAUACAUAACAAUGAUAGUUUAUCACAAAUGAAUAAGGAAUUCGCCAAGUUUUUGCCCUACGAUUUGGUUUUCAAGAAAGGGGAAGAAGAAAUGCUCGAAGUUGCAAACUCAAUUAAAGCUCAGUAUUUCAAUGAGGAUGAAAUAGAUGCUAAUUCGGAUAAGCUGGCCCUGUUCUAUACUGAUGCGUGGUACUUGAGUCCAGCUAUAAGAACAGCAAGAGUGCUAUUAAAAGCGAGUGCUACCGUGUAUUUCUAUGAGUUUGCGUUUGUUGGAGAUCUAAACAGAGGACGCAUUGCUUUGGGAAGUCAAGUGAACGGGUCAGUUCGUGGUGAUAUUGUGGGCUAUUUGUUUACACAAGAUGGUCAAAUGCUCGACGCAGGGUCUAGUGAAGCCGAAAUGGUUGACCUGAUGACGGAUUUAUGGGUCAGCUUCAUAAAUAAUGGAACACCCUCAUCGGCCGAUGUGACCUGGAAUCAGUUGAAAGACUCAUCAGAAGACGAGGAAGAGUGGCUCUGGAUCGGGCCCGAGACGCAAACGAGAAAGGGCCUCCACCUGGACCGUCUGCCGCUCUGGACGGAGGUGUACGAGAACCAUUUCAUUGAGAAGAGCCACGCCCGCGGUUUACCGCUAAACCCCGCUGUUAUCAUCGCCGCGAUAUCCGUGAUCGGCCUGUUUCCGAAGACCAUGCAAGUGUCUCGAUUGAUGUUAGUUCUAGUUUUGUUGUGUCACCUGUUGUUUGCGAUCGGGCGCGCGCCCCCGCCGUCGAGACCGUACCGCGACGUGGUGACUACUCAGGGAGUGGUCCGUGGGUACCUCACCCCCCAGCCGGCCCACUACGCCUUCCUGGGGGUCCCCUACGGCCGCCCGCCCACACGCCACGACAGGUUUAAGGGCUCCAAGCCUGCCAAGCGCUGGGACGGCAUUUACGAGGCUACGUACCGCGUGAAAUGCCCUCAGCCCGGGGGGGAGGGAGACGAGAACUGUCUCGUGGUCAAUAUCUUCGCUUCCGAAGGAGCUGACGGUCUACCUGUCUUGGUUUUGGUGCACGAUGGGGCGUUUCAAUAUGGAUGGGGCAGCUACCAACCGCCGGCUCGCCUUCUGCCACAGUUCCUAAUCGUGACCUUCAACUAUCGUAUCGGCGCCCUGGGCUUCCUCUGCCUGGGAACCCCCGACCUCCCGGGAAACGCGGGCCUCAAGGACCAAAUUGCAGCCCUCUACUGGAUCCAAAGAAAUAUCGCCAAUUUCGGCGGGAAUCCGGCUGAUGUUACCGCGUACGGCGUAGGAGCCGGCGCAGCGGCGAUAGACCUCAUUCUACUUUCUAAUCUAUCACAAGGAUUGCUCCACAAAGUUAUUUUAGAAACCGGUUCGGCAUUAUCACCCAUUUCGACUGCUUAUGACCCUGUAACUUUAGCAAUUGACGCCGCAGCGGUACUGGACUACAGCGGUAGUGAGGAGGACAACGAAUUAGCCGUGUUUUUUCAACGAAUACCAGCUAAAGAAAUUUCUAAAACCGGCAAAAUGUUUCUACCAUGCAUCGAGAGGAAACCAGAUGGAAUGUUCGAGAAGGAUCCAGUUGAUAUUCUGAAAUCUGGCAAUUACCACAGAGUGCCUAUGAUUAUUGUGUACACAGACAAGAUAUUAGUCACUGAAAUGGACAUGGAGACAUUUGGUUACAUGCCUCAAAGUUUUGAACAUUUGCUGCCAAACAAUUUAGAAUUCCCCGUUGAAGAUGUAAAAGAAAAGAUAGCGGAAUUCGUUAGAGACUUCUAUUUUGCCGAAGAGGAUAGUAAAGAUGACUUGGUUAAAAAUUACAUUGAUUAUUUUAGGGAUAUAACCGUUGAAUUUCCAGUUCUAAGAUCCGCCGUGUACCACACUCAUGGUAGUACUGUGCCAGUUUACGUGAUGAAGUUUAUGUACAACAGCAAUUUUGCAAGUUCUGAUUCUAAUUUCAUGGAUAACACAUUGCUGAAUUAUUUUUAUGAGACUGAUUUAAGUGGCAAUGAUGAACUGGUAGCUCAGAAACUUGUUAGUCUUUGGUCGAAUUUUAUUAAAAUUGGGGAUCCCACACCACUUACAACAACAAUGAUACCUGUAGUGUGGCCACCCGUUCACUCCAGUGAACAAAACCACCACAGUGCUCCCCGUGUGGACUUGGCAGACGUGCCAGGUCUCGAGUUUGGUGGUACAAUGAUGGCGAGGAACACACUCUCCACACAACAAGUCAUAUUUUGGGACAAUAUCUAUAAGAGUUUCUAUAGAAAACAUUGAGAAAUAAAGUGACUGUUUAGUACUAAAAUCAUUUUCUGAGAUCUGCUUUUGAUAGUAGAAUUAAAACCUAUAUA